UGUUCAAUUUCAAAUUGGACAGAAAACAGUAUGGGUGAUAAGUUCGCUUUUCUGGUUAUAUUGUGCCAUUUUACGUUGGUGUGGGGUGUUGCUGUGUACCCAUCAUGGCCAGGGUUCAAGUCGUGCACUAGCUCUGCGGAGUGUCCUGUUGGCUUCUGUUGUCGGGACAACGACGGGAACCUCAUAAACGGAGAAGGCUUUGAGUUUUCACCAAUUGAAAAUAACCCCACAGUAAACGGAACAUGCAGGCGUGUACCAAGCCAGCCCGGUGCAGUGUGCACGGACCGAUGUGGUUGUACAAAAGGGUAUACGUGUUAUCGGACAAUCACUGGUGCCUGCUGCCCGCCGACCACGUGUUGGGAGAGCCAGGCUGCGGCCAAGGACGCGGCAUUCUGGAGAAACUGCGCUCCUCCUGAUUGCUUCUUCCCACCUUCAGCCAACCUAGGGCGAUAGAAUUGGACAGACAAAUGAUAUUUGGAUUGGCCGUUAGGGACAUAAGCACAUAUUAAGAAACAAUUGCUUCUGGCAUUAUAGUAUCUGUUGAAUUUCAUGUUUUCAUGGUCAAAACAAGAAACUUAUUACAAUAGAUGAAUUACAUGUAUGUGAAAACGUAAAAAUCAAGGAAGAUAAAAUAUUAACUCUAACCGAACCAGCAAAAUAAACCACCAACCGCAUACUUUUUUUUUCUAAUUAAUCUAUUUGCCUUUAGCAAACAAACAUCUGAACAUUAUGUUUACAUUUAGAGCUAUUCAUUCAACCUCAGUUUUUUCGAUGUAAGCAAUAUUUUGAAACAAUGUUUAAUGACACAAUUUUAUGUUUACGUUAUUUAACUAAACUAAACUCGUUUAAUUCGAAUAUUUUCAACCUAAUUAUAUCAAUUUUUAGUAAACAGAUAAUCCAACAUGUUGUGUCUGAUGGCUAUUUACAAAAUGGAAUAUACAUAUCAUUAUUGAAUAAUAUGUUAAAAUGU